AUGGCAGGAAAAAUACCGAAAUCUCCAGAAACUAAAUCCCCAGUCUGCAAAUGCGACUUAUGUCUGAGAUUCCACAAUAUAAGUUCCAGUUGGACAUGUUUAGACUGUGAAGAAACACUGUGCGACUCGUGUAAGGCAACUCAUCAGAGAGGAAAGGCAACGAGAACUCACAAGAUUGUGACAACGAAAGAGGUCAGGGAUGCGCGGGAGCGCGGGGUCAGAGCGAAAACCAGAAAUAAAGGUGGAAGGGGCCCGAUUUGUGAUCAACAUAAAGAAGAAGAAUAUCAGUUUCAUUGCAACACUUGCUACCAACCCAUUUGUGCCAGUUGUGUGGUUGGUCCGCACAAGCUUCAUGAUUUUUUAAAAUUAGAAGAUUUUAUAGAAAAUGGAAAAGAAAAGAUAUUCAAGGAUAUUAUAAAUCUGAAGGAAGAAUCCAUACCCUUGUUGAAGGAGAAUUCUAAUAUUUGCAUGCAGAGGCACUGUGAAUCGGAGAGAGAACUGGCAGAUGCUUUGGCUAUUUUGAACAGCAUUUCAAACAAGGUUGAGAAUGAAGCACGUAGACUAACAGGGAAUAUAACAGAUGAACUGAAAUCCGUUCACAAUCAAAAUGAAACAAACAUCAUGAAUUCAAAACGUGCUUUUGACUCGGUCACAAAAUCGGUGAUAGAUGCUGUGAAAAAAUGCGAAGACGGACCAAUGGGUUCUUUUAAAUACAUCUAUGAAUCCAACGAGAGGCUUGAAAAUGCACGAGCUUUAUUGCAAACUCCCAAACUUCCUCAUGUGAAUCAUAUUGCUUUCUACAAAGGUGAAGUAGAGGCGAAAACUCUGCAGAAGAUGAUUGGAAUUGGGUCAAAGACGUAUGAGACUGAGGUUGUAGAUAUGACGAAGCUGUAUGAAAGCUCGUCCGAGAGCUUUAACGGAUAUCAGAUCUGUAGGACUGGGAUAAGCGCAGUUUCCAUGGUAAACGACAAUACAGCGAUGAUUCGUGAUCCCGGGACUGCUCAAGGAAUUCAACGUGUGAAAAUUAAUGACGGUCUAAAACUUGUCAUCUCUGAAUCUAUAAAUUUGCCACAUGUUGUGAAUGACUUGUGUUCGUUUAACCAAAAGGUGACUCUCGUCACUUUCGUAGGAAAGAGUUCUAUUAAAAUGGUGCACUCCGACGGAAGGAUAACGACAUUUACCGAUUUGAACCCUUUGUUUCCAAUUGGUCUCAGUAAAUCAACUAAUGGGGAGAUUCUUGUCACUGUAGUUGAAAGUGACAUCAGCAAAAUCACUGAGAAGAGCUCGCGUGCAGUAUAUACCUUAUCUUAUUCCGGCCGCAUUCUCAAGAAAAUAGAGUUUUACAAGGGCAACAGAAUUUUCUCAAGACCGUACAAGAUAAUUGAAAAUCGUCUUCACGGAGAUCUCGUGGUAAUUGAUUUCUUGGAAGUUUCUGAUCGUGUCGUCUGCUUGAAUCGAGAUGGCAAAGAAAAUUUCUCCUACACCGGAAAUAUCUGUCCCAAGUACCCAAGGCUGUUGGCUGCCCAAGGUAUUGCAUGCGAUAAAGACAGCAACGUGUUCAUUUCUGAUGCCAGAAAUUACGUCAUUCAUGUUGUAAGCCCAGAGGGAAAUUUCCUAAAAUUUGUGGAAAAUGAAAUGGAGCGAUUCUACUCCCCGUGGGCUUUGGCAGUGGACGAGAAGAAUCGCCUUUGGGUUGGUAGUUCGAACGGAAAUAUGUACCUCAUGAAUCUGGACGAUGCUUUCAAGAAUCAAUCCGAGAACAAUUACAAUUGA